AUGACGACAACAAGCAGCAGCAGUUGUACUGAUCCACUGCCGCCCUCGCCACCGAAUGCCACUUCUGUGGUGCCCUCUUGUCCGAAUUCGCCGGCUCCUCCUACACCUGCAGCUACUGCAGGAGUAGGAGUGACCCCGGCCCCAACGCAUCUGAUGCAUCAUAUGCAUCACCACCACAUGCAUCACAUGCUGCAUCACCUCCGUCCACCGUCUACCACCUCCGCAACGGCCAAUGCUGCGGCCAUCGCUCCGGUUCAUCCCGCUCCUGCUGCUGCUCCUGUCUCUAGUAGUUCUGCGGUCUCCAACAGCACCACUACGCCAGAUCAUCGCUCGUCCUUCCAGGAGAGCAUGAAGGCAUUGAGAAAGAUGGGCUGGUAUUGGGGUCCAUUAAGCUUCACUGAGGCAGAGAAGCUACUGGCAAACCGUCCGGAUGGAACAUUCUUGGUGCGGGACAGCGCUCAUGACACCUUCUUCCUCAGCCUCAGUUUUCGUGUUAGGGGCACCACUUAUCACACGAGGAUUGAACACAAUCAGGGACGUUUCAGCUUCUGGUUUGAGCCGGAGUCGCACAGCGCAAGUACAGUGGUGGAGUUUAUUGAGAAGGCGGUAGCUCAUUCAAUUGGUGGGAAGUAUCACUACUUCCUGCAGACCAGCACUCCUGGCCAACAGCCCGUCGAGGUCUCCCUUCUCUAUCCCCUUUCGCGGUUCCAGGUUGUACAAUCACUGAAGCAUCUGGCUCGCUUCACGAUUCUCUCUCACGUGCGUCGAGACCACGUGGCACGACUGCCUCUCCCCCCGGGGCAGAUUGGGUACCUCCUCGAGAAGCAGGUCUACUGGGAGUCCUUAGAAGACUUUGAGGAAACUAUUCGUGAUCGUCCUCCACUGCAGUUCACUCCAGUCGCUGCCUCCUCAUCCUCGUCCACCGCCAAGCCCUGA